CACAGUAAGGCUUUGGCCGUCAGGAACAAAUACAAAUGGUCUACCUGGAGCUACCAAGGGCUUUGCUGAUGUUAUGGAAUUAUACGUGGAACACAACAGUACGCGGCUAUAAUAUUCAUAUGGAAUCGACAAAAAAGACCUCGCCAGACAACUGGUUUCACCAGGGCCUUUCGCGGUUUGAGAGGUGGUUGAGGGUCACUUCUAGCAUACGAGACCCUCCUGAUCGCCGUAACAUCAGCAGCACAUUCGUAGCGCCCUACGUUUCAAAGAACACGUCAAAAACAACACAUGCGACCUCUGCAGUAGAAUCGAACUCUCUGUCCGCGAUGAGUGUCUCCUCAAGCACAAUCAGCCUAUUUGAUGCACUGAGCGUCACCAACGAAUCGAUCUCGUGGAACGGGUACCCACAGCCGAGUCUUGAUGACGUUAUGUCGAGCGCAUCGCAACAUGUACCGAUGACCGAUUUAGCCUUAGGCCCGCUUGAUAUCCUCAACUCAAGUUUUAGAAAACCAUGCGACGUUUCAUGGAAUCUCUCUUCUUCAUUAUGCGGGCCCUCGACAUCGAUCGCUUGGAAUAACUCCGCGCCUGAGGUGCCUGAGUGGGCCUUGCCAUUCCCGCUAUGGCAAACUGUAUUAAUUGCAGGCUUAAUCGGGGUCUGCAUCCUGUUGACGGUCGCUGGCAACAUUCUCGUGCUGACAGCAUUUUUUGUCGAACGGACAAUUCGUCAACCAUCAAACUAUUUCAUUAUAUCAUUAGCCGCGUCCGAUCUGCUCAUCGGUGUUGUAUCAAUGCCAUUCUUCGCGCUAUAUGUUCUUAAUGGCCGGUGGGAUUUUGGACCAAUUUUCUGCGACUUAUGGCUAGCGACCGAUCAUACAGUGUGUCUCGUAUCAAUCUACACCGUGCUUCUAAUCACAAUAGACCGAUAUUGUUCAGUAAAAAUUCCAGCCAAAUACCGCAGCUGGCGGACGCGCUAUAAGGUUAUCUGGAUGGUGGCAAUUACGUGGGUGGUACCAUUCCUUGUGUUCUUCAUAUCAAUACUCGGCUGGGAGCACUUCAUUGGCUACCGUGACCUCGACGAUGGGGAAUGUGCUGUACAGUUUCUCAAGGAUCCCGUAUUCAAUACGUCGUUAAUAUUUGGCUACUUCUAUUGUACGAUGAUCGUGCUGUUCAUCUUGUAUGGAGGCAUUUACAAGACGGCCAGUGAUAUGCAGCGCCGCAGUGCGGAGAAACAACGCAAAAUGCAAUCCAUAGUUUCUCUAGGCAGAGGCCAAGCCGGUGCUAGCCCGUGCGUGGCUAUUACCGACACUUUUUGCGGGUCGGGAGGCAAGGACAUCCAAGUAACUAGGGAAGGCCACAUCGGGCCUCGCGGAAUUCAAGGGGUCGGAGGAGGAUCUGAUCUCAGCGGACGUAUUGGUGGUGCAGGUAGCUGUGCGAGCACUAUAGCUUCGGUUGAUUCGUCAACGCUGUGUACAUCACAAAUUCGGCCGACCGGAAGCACUCAAAUGCCCUUCGAGCGAAAAGAAACCUCGGAGCAGGAUCGCUCAUCGAGUCCAGGCUUUGAGUCCGACGAAGAGGAUGAGUCGCAGGAUGAGGUGAAUAAGAAACGAGAAGCAAAGCCUAAAACUCCUAAGCCUCUUCAGCCCAGCAAGACGAAAUGCUUCAGGAAGGACAGCAGGAUGUCGAUUGUAGAUGUGAUGCGCCUAGCACCACCAACGUUUGCUACGAAAGAAGCUUCAGAGCUGGCAACCAUCGGAAGCCUGCCUGGUCUCAGCUUCGGCUUUAGGGCCAAGGGCCAGCAUCAGCCGCAACCACAUGCGAACGCCUCGGCCGACAAACCGAAGCCACCGAAUUCGCUGAACAUCAACAAAUUGCUCGUUAUUCGAGAAGUGGCAUCUGACAUAUCGGAUAUUUCGAGCUCAGUCCGUCGCCUCGGCGCGGACAGCACGACCUCAGUAUUGCCGCCAACGGUGGAAAAGAACCCGCCACAAACAGCUGUGCAGUUCACGUCUGAUCACGCAGCAAGCCCCAAGUUGGAAGCCAAGGCUAGGCAGGGCGAAGGUCUACCUUCACCAAAACAUAGCGAACAGCAGCUGGAAGAAAAAAAUGAGGUGGGCCUGAGCCAGAACAGACCGGAGCAGGAUGAUCUGCCGUGUACCAGCAUCAGUGUUCCCCUUGACAACAGUAACCAAUUGCCGUCAACGCCAAUCAGCUUAAAUUGCAACACCUCUGGAGGGAGGCCAACGCAUUCCAUUCUUGUAGCAAGUACUGCCAAGGACAGUAGUGGCAGUAACAAGGAUAGUACGAAGGACAAGGCCAAAGGUUUAGCUAGUUCGACCACAAUAACGGCAAAUAACUCUAAUUACAAAACCCCUCUAGCCGCUAGGAAUUCGACGGAUUGCACUCGUAGCGGCAGUAGGGUAGCUCCCGCAGAUAUUGCGAUCGUAGUUGACCCAUCUAGUUCAGGCAACCAACAGGCGCAGGUCAGCGGUAUGCAUCUUACGGUACCCGACUCAACGAUGUUAACCAAGAACCCACUCGUCAAAGGCGACAGCUCCAAGUCCAACAAGGUAUAUAAUUAUGAUAUUACUUUUUCGAGACUAUGUGCGUGCAUACCCUUAACAAAAUAA